AUGCCUAGGAGGGCGAGGAGAUCUGGUAUUAGCUUUAUUGAGGAUGAUAAAGACCGCAGCCUCACAUUCUUUAAGCGGCGUGUCGGGCUUUAUAAAACCGUUGCUGACCUGUCUACUCUCACUGGCGCAAGAGUUGCUGUUGUAGUGGAGUCCAAAAAUGGGAAGAUGUCCGCUUUCGGCACCCCAUCGGCUAACUCCAUCGUUGAUUCUUUCCUUUUAGGGCAUGCACCACCACUCGUCAACGAGGAACAAUUGGACAGAAUCACCCAUAUGCAAAAUGAGCUAUUCGAGCUAGAGAAAGGCAAAGCCAUGGAGGACAAGAGGAGGAGGGUGUCAAUGACAUGUGAAAAGGAGGUCCAGGAAACCUCAAGGUUGGCUAAGCUUAUCUAUGGCGAUGAGAAGGAUCUUGAUCUCGAUGAGGUCAACGAGCUGUUACAUAGGCUCUCACAAGUUCAACAAGAUAUUAAUAGUCGGCUGCACGCACUGCACCCCGGCUACCAGCUGGAGAUCGGUAGGAGAAGUGAUCUAUCUCUGCAGCAGCCAACAAGACGUCUUCCAUGUACUCCCUUACAGCCAUCCUCCCACCUUCCGCGAUCGUCAUGGCUUCUUCCAUCGUCGUCCAGGUUGCAGUCCUCUCUUCUGAAUCCAGUCAUGCUGCCAUCACCACAAACGCAGCUGCUACAACACCAGGCACAUAUGAUGAAACUACCUAAUGAAUCGCACCAGUACAACAAACAUUUCUCACAAUAUUUCUUAGGGUCUACCCUACUACCUUCGCAGCCACCACCACUAGCAAUAGCACCCACAUCAUCAUUGCAAAUUCCAUUGUCCAAUGAUUUUCCUCAUCUAUCACCGCCCCUACAACUUCCACAGCCAUUGCCUUCCCAAGUCGAGCUUCCUUUCAGAGCACAAAAUUUCAACACAGUGGCACCGCCUCAAAACCAUUCAAACACUCACAACUUUGCUGCUGAAAACCCAUUUGCCAGUUACCAGUGGCCUCCAAAUAUUCCUUCAAAUGGACCGAAUGUUUAUUUGGGAAACAAUGGUUAUUAUAGAGGCCAAACUGCUGGUGGUCAUGACAUACCUGGUCCUUCUGGCCUGCAUCAGCAACCUUAUGAUUGGCUCAACACGGUCUUGUUCGAGUCCUCUUCUGGUGGACAAAGCAGCUCUGGGUGA